UUUGAUAAUAUUAUGAUAAGUAGGUAUAUUUAAAAUGGGAUUAAUUGUAAUAUUAUAGUAAUAUUAGGUAAAAACUCAUACGACUUGUAACGUGAUAUCAAUGGAGAAGAUUAAAAAUUUUGAAGAACUAAUCAGGGACUAUAUUGGUCCCAAUAAAAGUGUGGUGGAUACAAAAGUCAGCAAUUUAACGGCACCUGGAGAAAACUAUUUAAGUGAGAUAAUUAAAAUUGAUGUAGUAUUACAAGACAAAGAUACUAAUAACCAUGAAGAUUUAUCAUUAGUGGCAAAAUUAUGUGUGGAAAAUGAAUUUUUUGGCCCCACAUAUAAUUUGACGAAAAAUGAGGUAAUUUUUUACACAGAUAUUGUUCCCCCUAUAAAAAAUUUCCAUAAAAAACAUGGUUUACCACCACCUUCGUUUUAUCCAGAUUAUGCAGGAGGUAGAUUAAAUUUGGCAGGAGAAACAGAUAAGCCUGACAUGGAUGCUAUUCUGAUCCUGGAAAAUUUAGUACCGAAAGGAUAUAAAAACCUAGACAGACAUAUCGGCUUCGAUUUGACUACAACAAGACUUAUUUUAAAAGAUCUGGCAAAGUUUCAUGCUGCACCAAUGGCAAUGAGACUAAAAGACUCUGAAGAAUUUGCCACUAUAAUUAAAAAGUUGUCUCUUUUAUUACCACACAAAGAAAAAAAAGAUAAGUCACCACCAAAGAUAUUUGAAAUAAUAACAAAAGAAUUGAACAAGAAUAAGAAAUAUAAAGCAGCUGAGGCUUUCGGCAAAAUGCUGGCCGACUUUAAGAAACGCAUGGAUGAAAAUCCAGAAAGCAUAUUUUCUAAUAAACCAAUUAAAGGAUUUGCGACAGUAAUACAUCAUGAUAUGUGGAUCAAUAAUACAAUGCAAGUUAUCGAAAAUGGUACAGCAAUUAAAAACAAAUUUGUUGACUUCCAAAUGUGUCAAAUUGGAUCACCUACCAUCGACCUGAUUUUUCUUCUGUUUAGUAGUGUCGAACUGAGCUGUCUUCAAAAUAAUCUAGAUAACCUUAUUGAAUAUUACUAUAGGGAAUUCGUGGAUAUAAUAAAACAACUGGAUUUAUAUACUGACGAAUAUUCAUAUCAGAAAUUUUUGGAAGAAAUUAAAACUGAAGGUAGAGAGGGGAUGAUCCAAGCGAUUUUUAUGAUACCAACAGUUAUUUUUGGAGAAAAAGGAAAAGCAGUUCAACAUGAAGAGUCUAGUCUUACUGUCGAAGAUAUACCUGAUAUAGCACUUAAAAAGAUUUUACUUAUGUGUGAAGAAGCUACAGAAAGAGGUUGUAAUAAUAGGUACAAACUCAUACAACUUGUAACGUUGAUAUCGAUGGAGAAGAUUAAACAUUUUGAAGAACUAAUCAGGGACUAUAUUGGUCCCAACAAAAGUGUGGUGGAUACAAAAGUAAGCAAUUUAACGGCACCUGGAGAAAACUAUUUAAGUGAGAUAAUUAAAAUUGAUGUAGUAUUACAAGACAAAGAUACUAAUCACCAUGAAGAUUUAUCAUUAGUGGCAAAAUUAUGUGUCGAAAAUGAAUUUUUUGGCCCCACAUAUAAUUUGACGAAAAAUGAAUUGAUUUUUUAUACAGAUAUUGUUCCUCCUAUAAAAAAUUUUCAUAAAGAACAUGGUUUACCGCCACCCUCGUUUUAUCCAGAUUAUGCGGGAGGUAGAUUAAAUUUGACAGGAGAAACAGAAAAGCCUGAUAUGGAUGCUAUUCUUAUCCUGGAAAAUUUAGUACCGAAAGGGUAUAAAAACCUAGAUAGACAUGUUGGAUUCGAUUUGACUACAACCAAACUUAUUUUAAAAGAUUUGGCAAAGUUUCAUGCUGCACCUAUGGCAAUGAGACUAAAAGAUUCUGAAGAAUUUGCCACUAUCAUUAAAAAGUUGUCUCUUUUACUACCACCCAAAGAAAAAGAUGAAGCACCGCCAAAGAUAUUUGAAAUAUUGACAACAGAAUUAAACAAGAUUAAGAAAUAUAAAGCAGCUGAGGCUUUCGGCAAAAUGCUGGUCGAAUUUAAGAGAGUCAUGGAUGACAACCCAGAAAGUGUAUUUAAUAAUAAACCUAUUAAAGGAUUUUCGACAAUAAUACAUCAUGAUAUGUGGAUCAAUAAUACAAUGCAAGUUAUCGAAAAUGAAAAAGGAAAAGCAGCUCAACCUGGAGACUCUAAGAUUACUAUCGAAGAUAUACCUGAGAUAGCACUUAAAAAGCUUAUACUUUUGUGUGAAGAAGCUGCUGAAAGAGGAUACAAAAAUUUGGACAGGCAUGUGGGAUUUGAUUUGGCUACAUCUAAACUGAUUUUGAAAGACCUUGCAAUGUUCCAUGCAGUACCACUGGCAAUUAGAUUAUUGGAACCUGAGGAAUUUACGAGAUUAACUAAAAAAAUAUCUAUUUCAUUGCCACCAAAAAGGGAAGAUAAAAAACCACCGACGAUUUUUAAAAUAAUGAUAGAAACAUUAAGUGCAAAUGAUGAAUAUAAAAAAGCAGCUGACAAGUUAACGAAAAUGUUAACUAAUUUUUCGAAAGCAAUGGAGAACGAUCCGAAAAAGUUAUUUAAUAAAGAUGAUAUGAGAACAUUUUCAACAAUAGUACAUCAAGAUGUGUGGAUCAAUAAUACGAUGCAACUUAUCGAGAACGAUGUAGCAGUUAAAAAUAAAUUUGUUGAUUUUCAAAUGUGCCAACUCGGUUUGCCUGCUGAUGAUUUAAUUUUUUUUCUUUUUAGCAGUGUCGAAUAUAAUUGUCUCAAAAAUAAUCUUAAUAACCUAAUUAAAUAUUACUAUGAAGAGUUUAUAUGCAUAUUAAAACAGCUGGGUAUAUAUACUGACGAUUUCUCAUACGAGAAAUUUUUGGAAGAAUUUAGAGCACCAGGAAAAUUGGCAAUUGUACGGACUUUAUUCAUGCUACCGAAAGUUAUUUUUGGAGAGAAAGGAAAGGCAUCUGCCCACGGCAAAUUGGAUGAGAUGACAGUUGAAGAUAUACAUCCAAUUGCACUAAAAAAGAUGAUUUUAUUAUGCGUAGAAGCUGCUGAAAGGGACUGGAUGUUACACCAACAAAGGCAACGUGAAGAACAAAUAGCCUUGCAAAUAGAUGUGGAAUUCAUUCCUAGUACUUCUAAAUCACCUACAACUUUAAAGAUACGACUGAAUGUUCAACAGUCAGGUACAUUAAAGAAAAACGGUGACAUUGAGGACUUCCAAUCGCAAUUAAUUAUUUCCACUUCUUCACUCACUAUGACUGAUGUUACAUUUUCAGUUAUUGCCAGAACAUUAGAUCGUUAUGGUGUUUCAGAUAGAGUUGGAGCUGCAAUCAUUUCUGUAGCUUUCCAAGACAUUGGUCUCAUUACUAAAAACGAUUCAUCACUGGUUAUAGACCGAAGUACAGUUCGACGUGCUCGUUCUAAAGGUAGGGCUACAUUGACAGGUAAACCUACAAUUUUUUGGGCUAUCAUCGGAUUAUUUUACGAUGGUAGAAAAGAUAAAACGUUAAUACAUGAAGAUGGUCGUAGAAGAGUGAUUCAGGAGGAGCAUAUUACUAUAUUGAAAGAACCGGACUCUGAAUACCUGGGCCAUAUUUCUUUGAAAACUGGUGACGCCAAAACGAUCUGCAACUCUAUGCUGACAUUCCUUUCCUCCAAAUCCAUCGAUGCAAAUCAAAUAAUGGCUAUUGAUUGUAAUGGGACUGCCGUGAACAUAGGAAUCAAAGGUGGUGUUAUUCGUUUAUUGAAAAUCAAGUUUUAA